GAUUGGCUCGGGCCCGGUGACAAUCAAAGGGUGCAGCGGGGGUGGCUGGCGCGAGAAUCCGCCGCCGCCGCCGCCGCUUCUUCUCCAGCCUUCUCUUUCGGAGCCGCUGCAGAAACGGUGUCCCCGUGCGGGCCGGGAGGCGGGCUGCCGGCGCGAUGUACGGAUUCGUCAACCAUGCCCUGGAGCUGCUGGUGAUUAGGAAUUAUGGCCCCGAGGUCUGGGAGGACAUCAAGAAGGAAGCGCAACUGGAUGAAGAAGGGCAGUUUCUAGUCCGAAUCAUUUAUGAUGAUUCUAAAACAUAUGACUUGGUGGCUGCAGCAAGCAAAGUCCUCAACCUUAAUGCCGGAGAAAUCCUUCAGAUGUUUGGAAAGAUGUUUUUUGUGUUUUGCCAAGAGUCUGGAUAUGACACUAUCUUGCGUGUCUUGGGCUCAAAUGUCAGAGAAUUCUUGCAGAACCUCGAUGCCCUGCAUGACCACCUAGCUACAAUAUAUCCAGGCAUGCGGGCCCCUUCCUUUAGGUGCACUGAUGCAGAAAAGGGGAAGGGACUCAUUCUUCAUUACUAUUCUGAGAGAGAAGGACUACAAGACAUUGUCAUUGGAAUAAUUAAAACAGUUGCUCAACAAAUCCAUGGCACAGAAAUAGAUAUGAAGGUUAUUCAACAGAGAAAUGAAGAGUGUGACCACAUUCAAUUCUUAAUUGAAGAGAAGGAGUCUAAGGAAGAGGAUUUUUAUGAAGACCUGGACAGAUUUGAAGAAAAUGGUACCCAGGAAUCUCGUAUUAGUCCUUACACUUUUUGCAAGGCUUUCCCUUUUCAUAUUAUAUUUGAUAGAGAUCUGGUUGUCACCCAGUGUGGCAAUGCAAUAUACAGAGUCCUUCCACAGCUUCAACCUGGGUAUUGCAAUCUGUUGUCAGUGUUUUCACUGGUUCGGCCUCACAUUGAUAUUAGUUUCCAUGGAAUCCUCUCGCAUAUCAACACAGUAUUUGUACUGAGGAGCAAGGAAGGGCUGCUAGAUGUGGAAAAGUUGGAGUGUGAAGAUGAAUUAACUGGUACAGAAAUUAGCUGCUUACGCCUUAAGGGCCAAAUGAUCUACUUACCUGAAGCAGACAGUAUUCUCUUCCUUUGUUCUCCAAGUGUAAUGAAUCUGGAUGACUUAACCAGGAGAGGACUAUACCUGAGUGACAUUCCACUACAUGAUGCUACCCGUGACUUAGUCCUUUUGGGAGAGCAGUUCAGGGAGGAAUACAAGCUGACACAAGAGUUGGAGAUACUAACAGACAGGCUUCAGCACACAUUAAGAGCGCUGGAAGAUGAAAAGAAAAAGACGGACACAUUGCUCUAUUCUGUCCUUCCCCCAUCUGUGGCCAAUGAGCUGAGACAUAAGCGCCCCGUGCCCGCAAAGCGGUAUGAUAAUGUGACCAUACUUUUUAGUGGCAUUGUUGGAUUCAAUGCCUUCUGCAGUAAACAUGCUUCUGGAGAGGGAGCCAUGAAAAUUGUCAAUCUCUUAAAUGAUCUCUAUACAAGAUUUGAUAUUCUGACUGAUUCACGAAGAAAUCCCUUUGUUUAUAAGGUUGAGACAGUGGGAGACAAGUAUAUGACAGUAAGUGGCUUGCCAGAGCCAUGUAUUCAUCACGCACGGUCUAUCUGCCACUUAGCGCUGGAUAUGAUGGAAAUAGCUGGACAGGUUCAAGUUGACGGAGAGUCCGUACAGAUAACUAUAGGUAUUCAUACUGGAGAAGUAGUUACAGGUGUCAUUGGCCAAAGGAUGCCUCGUUAUUGCCUUUUUGGAAACACUGUUAAUCUAACAAGUAGAACAGAAACCACCGGAGAAAAGGGAAAAAUCAAUAUCUCUGAAUACACCUAUAGGUGUCUGAUGACUCCGGAAAAUUCAGAUCCACAAUUCCAUCUGGAACACAGAGGUCCCAUUUCCAUGAAGGGUAAAAAAGAACCCAUGCAAGUUUGGUUUUUGUCCAGAAAGUGCACUGAGACGGAGGAAGUAACGCACGAUGCUAACUGAACCAGACAAAACGCAAGAGGACAAAGAACAGGGUGGAACGCGGUGUCUUGCCACUAAUGUAGUCUGCUAGUAAUUAGAUGUGAUGGCUCUUGCUGCAUUUUGUAUCUCUUCCAUUUGCUCAUUUGAUUUGUGCAUAACAGUAACAUUUGUACCAGGCUCUUCUGGGCUCUGGUGCUGCUUUUUGUUCACUCUGCUUUUGAUAUUGUUCUGUCUCUGCUGUGGGUAUGUGUAUCCCAAGCCGUUUUUGUCUCCCUUGCCAUAUUUAAAGCCUAAUGUGAUGAUGAAUGUUGAGCCCUGUGUUCUUCAACUAGCCGUAAGAAAUCUGGUGCUUCACACAUGUGCUUCUCAUCUCCAUCUUUAGUGACUAAUCAUUAUGAUCUUUUUGGUGGUAUGACUCAAAACCCUUUCUGGAAGGAAAGAAAUCGAAUUGUCAAAAAGAAUCAUGAGCACAGAGAACUGAUAUUUUUACAACCAUAAUUUGGCAUUUAGCUAACCAGCUUGUUAUACUAAUCCAUAUGCUUUCAUUCAAUUUGCUAUUGUGAAAUAUUUUGGUUUGUUCCAGAAGCUAGCUUCAGUGCACUGUUGGUUGCUCUUUUACUAUGUAUUGACUGUCUGCUGAUGCAACCUGUGUAUUUUAUACAUAGAAGAGGAGGGUUGGUGUUUUAAUAUUAUGCUCCAGUUAGAAAUGUAUGGAAAUUUCUACUCUAAAUUUGAUCAUUUUCUCUUCUGUUUCUCUUUCUAAUUUAUAGUGGUAAUGAUAAUUCAUGCAUAAAAUGUUGCCGGACAACUUUUUAUACCAUGUAUUAUGAUAUUGUUUUCUAGAGAUUGGAUGGAGUCUGUCUGUCUGUCUGUCUGUCUGUCUGUCUGUCUGUCUGUCUGUUGGGAGAGAGCAAGGGCGAGGGAGGGUCAGGCAGAAUCCCAAAGAAAAAAGUGCACACCAAAUUUGAGUGCCAGUGUAAAACACAAUUUGUGGACCUUUGACCAGAUUUAUCCUGAAACCAAGGAACCUGUGAAAACCAUACCAGACUUUAUUAGGUCUAAACAGAGGCAUUGGCAAAGUGUGUUCCCUGUAUGACGUGGAUUGGACUCCCUGAACAGACAUGUGCUGUUUCUAUGUGCAACAUUACCUUGAAUGCAUCGCACAUGUGUAGGAACAUCUUGGGCCUCUGGACAGGCUAUAGCCUGGAAGGUAUGAAUUUGAUCCUUCCAGCUGCAAGGCAAGAGGGAUCAAACAGCUGUAAAAAUAGUAUCCUAGAAAAACAGCAAAGAUGACUAACUAAAAAUGACUACGUUCUUUAUUGCAAACAUGCUUUGAACUGUAAGAGUCACCCUCAAAAUUCAUUAAAAACAAAAAAUGCACAGAGGCUCUCCACACAGUGGAGUGUGGAGAGCAUCCGGGCUCUGCGAGGAGAGCAGGCGUAGGCCGCUCUCCCCAUGGAUGAGUAGGGAGCUUGCCCUGGGUGGCCAACUCAGCUGCCCACACGACUACUGGCUCCGCCACAAGGGCAGUGGGGAUCGGGGGCUGCUUGGGCCCUGGAUCAACAACAACAGCAAAGAUUUAUAUACCACUUUUCAACAAAAGUUUCCAAAGUGGUUUACAUAGAGAAAUAACAAAUGAAUAAAUAAGAUGGCUCCCCAUCCCUGAAGGGCUCACAAUCUAAAAAGAAACAUAAGAUAGACAUCAGCAACAGUCACUGGAGGUACUGUGCUGGGGGUGGAUAGAGCCAGUUGCUCUCCACCUGCUAAAUAAAGAGAAUUGCCACGUUAAAAAGGUAUCUCUUUGCCCAGGUAGCAAGGGUGAGUCCCAGAACGUCCCAUGCGAGUGUGCAGGGCAUUCUGGGGAGACCCCUGAGGCUGGGAGGCGUGCUGUUGCCUCCCGGUUGGGGGUCUCCUCAUGAAUCGCCGGAGCACAGAGUCGUGCUGUGGCAACUCACGAUCGCCAAAAUGGGGUUAGCGGAGUGCUCGCUCCACUAACCGUGUUUAAGGGGAGGGGUACUUUGGGAGGUUUGCUGCCGGGAGCCACACAGCUCCCGUUGCAGCACACGACCUCCCAAAAGUGGGCUGGUCUCCCUUUGCCUGCUUUUCGGAGGUCGUGAAAAUAGCCUCAUAGUAUUUUUCUAUACAGCUAUUUUUGUUGUCCCAUCUGUAGAGGAAGAAAGGGAUGAAGAAUGAAGGAGAAGAGCGGAUAAGCUGCAGCCACACCAUUCUUCUCUCUUCUACACUUCUUCCUCUGCUCUGUUCCCCUCUUCCUUUUUUAAUUCACAGAGUUCAGGAGGCAGAGGAGUAGUAGCAGAGGCAGGACUGGCAAGUGCCAGAUACUACAUUUGGCAUAGCUAGUUGUCCUGUAAGUGGGAGCGGUGAGGCAACAUUGGUGCACUGCUCAGGCACCAGGAAGUGUUGGCCCUGCCCUGAUUACAGUGUAUCAUGUCAGUGGCUAGAAGCAUCAAUUCUAGCAAAGCCUCGUACCAUGGCAAUAAGUAUUAGAACCAGCUGUGGGUUCUUGUAGGACCUGCUCGAAAUCUUUUUCAAAUCCUACCCAGAUGGAACCUCAAAAUCUGGCCUGAAUUAUGAAGUAAAACCUUAGCUUAUCCUAAUUUUGAAAUAUUCAUUGUUUCAUUGCUUGAGAGAAAAGCAAAAAAGGUUCAUCAGUAUAUGAAGAACCUUGAUUGUCCACAUUCAUCAUGUAUGGUUAUUCCAUAUAGAUCAAAGUCAAUGUAACUGCCAUGUAGGGGUGUGCAAUUCGGAUUUUCGGUGAUUCAAUCACCCCUGUUCUGUUUUGUGCCCGAAUAUGGGCCACCCGAAUCACCCUUGAUUCAGUUCAGAUUCAGAUUUAAUCCAAAUCUGAAUCGAUUCGGGGGGGGAAAGGGCCCAGGGGCAACAUUUUGGGGUGGGGUGGUAGUGCCCAAUGGGUGGAAG